UGUAACUACACAUCACAUAUCCCAGCGGCAGCUAAGUAAGCUAAAAGCUAACAAGCUGCUAUAGACUGACAUGUAGUCAAUUUUACACUCAGUCUCAGUGAAGGAGCUUUCAGAGUGACUGGGAGUGACAUGGAGUUAAGAAAUAUCAAGGACCAGUCUCCAUUGGUCCAGGCUAUAUUCAGCCGAAACAGAGAAGAAGUGACAUUUUUACUGAGCAAUAAUGAAGAUGUCAAUUCACCGGACCAAGAACAAAGCACACCACUUCAUGCUGCUGCUUAUUUGGGCGAUGUCCACACUAUGGACAUACUUAUUGCUUCAGGUGCUAAUGUCAAUGCUAAGGACCAGGGUUUGCUGACUCCUUUACAUCGAGCAGCUGCCUCACAAAAUGAAAAAGCUGUGGAGCUGCUACUAAUGCACAGAGCAGACGUCAACACACGGGACAAGUUUGGUCACAGUCCAUUACACAUGGCAGCUGCAAAGUGGGCUGCAGGCUGCGCUUUAGCUCUGAUACCACGUGUGUGCAGCCUGGAUGUUGCUGACAGGUCAGGAAGGACACCACUGCAUCAUGCAGCGCAUAGCGGUCAUGGAGAGAUGGUGAACUUGAUCCUGAGCAAAGGGGCCAAUGUGUGUGCCAAAGACAAGAAGGGAAGGCAGGCAAUCCACUGGGCUGCAUACCUGGGACAUAUGGAGGUUGUGAAGCUGCUGGUGUCUCACAGUGCUGAUGUAUUGUGCAAGGACAAACGAGGUUACACUCCACUCCAUGCUGCAGCUGCCAGUGGACAGUUAGACGUGGUCAAAUAUCUGUCGAGACUGGUGGUGGAGACUGAUGAAGCCAAUGUCUUUGGGAACACAGCUCUCCACAUGGCCUGUUACACGGGGCAGGACACUGUGGCCACUGAGCUGGUGAACUGCGGGGCCAACAUCAAUCAGCCCAACCACCACGGCAGCACGCCGCUGCAUCUGGCUGCUGCCUCCUCCAGUGGGAUGCUGUGUCUUGAGCUGCUAAUCAACAACGGUGCAGACGUCAACGUGCAGAAUAAAGAAGGGAAGAGCCCUUUGCAUGUGGCUGCCAUGCACGGGCGCUUCACAGGCUCCCAGAUUCUGAUCCAAAAUGGUGGGGAGGUUGACUGUGUUGAUAUGUAUGGAAACACUCCUCUUCAUGUUGCUGCCAGAUAUGGUCAGGAGCUGCUGAUCAGCACUCUGCUGACAAAUGGUGCCGACAAGUCGAGGCAGGGGAUUGACGGGAUGCUUCCACUGCAUUUAGCAGCACUCUACGGAUUUCCAGACUGUUGUCGAAAGCUACUGUCUAAUGGCCAGUUUUACGUCACGUUGUCUCAAAAGCCUUCAGUUGGGUUUGAUAUAAACACCGUGGAUGACCACGGGAGGACCUGCCUGCAUGCAGCUGCCUCUGGAGGAAACAUUGACUGUCUCAACUUGCUGCUGAGUAGUUCUGCUGACCUGGAUGUAAAAGAUAAUUUGGGAAGAUCUCCUUUGCACUAUGCUGCCUCUAAUGGGAACAGCCAGUGCACGAUCUCCCUGGUGAGAGCCGGCGCUGAGGUCAAUGAGCCGGAUCUGACAGGCUGCAGCCCUCUGCAUUACGUUGCCGCUUCACACACCUUUUGUGGGGACACAACCAAAGACUACAGUGAGGAAAAGGAACAAGAAGCAUCUCUGUGUUUAGACUACUUGCUCGACAAUGGGGCAAACCCAACUCUGAAGAACAGUAAGGGUUACAGUGCCGUCCACUAUGCAGCAGCUUAUGGGAACAAACAGCACCUGGAAUUGCUCCUGGAGAUUUCCUUCAACUGUCUAGAAGAGGUUGAAAGUAAUAUUCCAGUCAGUCCAUUGCACUUAGCUGCAUAUUAUGGUCACUGUGAGGCCCUGCAUUUGCUGUCUGAGACAUUAGUGAGUCUGGAUGUGCGGGACACUGAAGGCAGAACUGCUCUCCACCUGGCUGCUCAGAGAGGUUUUGCCCCGUGUGUGGAAGUGCUGCUGAAACAUCAAGCCUCCUACACACUCAAGGAGCGCAAGCGCAGGUGGACGGCUCUCCAUGCUGCAGCUGCUGAGGGCCAAAUGGAGUGUCUGCUUUUACUGGUCAACAGGGAACAAAGUGCUGACAUUAUCGACAGUCCAGAUACACAGGGACAGACGGCUCUCAUGCUGGCGGCUUUGGGAUGUCACACUGACUGUGUCCACAUCCUGUUGGAAAAAGGAGCGCAGGCUGAUGCUGCAGACAAAAAGGGCUUCACUGCAUUACACAGAGCUGCCAUGUUGGGCAGUGAAGGCUGUGUGUCUGCUCUGUUGGAACAUGGGGCCUCCGCUCUGUGCAGAGACUCUCAGGGAAGAACCGCGCUGCACCUCGCAGCGUCCGUCGGCCACAUGCGGUUACUGCAAACUUUGCUAAAAGCUGCUAUGAAAGCUGACCCUCUGGACUCCAUAUUGGACUAUAGAGGCUACACGCCCACCCAUUGGGCUGCCUACCAUGGGCGUGAUGGAUGUUUACGCAUUUUACUUGAAAACAAACUUUUUAGCAACCAGGAAGGAAAUCUCUUCACCCCAUUGCACUGUGCUCUAGUUAAUGGACAUGAUGUUGCUGCUGGACUUCUAGUGAAGACCGUUGGCCCCCAAAUUGUUCACUUCAGUGAUGCCAAAGGAAGGACCCUGUUGCAUGCAGCUGCUUAUUCGGGAAACAUUGCUGGGCUCCAGCUGGUCAUUGCCCAGGGAGCAGAAGUCAAUGCUGUGGACCAUAGUGGAUGCUCUGCUCUGAUGGUUGCUGCUGACUGUGGACAAACAGGGGCUGUUGAGUUCUUGCUGCACAAUGUGAAGCCAGACCUGACCCUGGUGGAUGUCAAUAAUAACACUGCCCUUCACUUAGCCUGCAGCAAGGGACAUGAGGUGUGCGCCCUGCUGAUCCUGGGAGAGAUCAGUGACUCCUCGCUCAUAAACGCAACAAACAGCGCUCUCCAGAUGCCCCUUCACAUUGCAGCGAGGAAAGGCCUGGCGACUGUAGUGCAGGUGUUACUGAGCAGAGGAGCAGCAGUCAUGGCAGUGGAUGGGGAGGGCCACACACCAGCUCUGGCCUGUGCCCCAAACAAGAAUGUGGCAGACUGUCUGGCGCUCAUCCUGUCCACCAUGAAGCCUUUCCCUCCCAGAGAGGCCGGUGUUGGUGCAUCGUCCCACUUCAACCCCAUGCUGAAAAACUGCGGCAUCGCUGCCACCUGUGGGUCGAGCGGCAACCUGUGUCAUGCCUAAGUCAGCAGCUGCAGAGUCACGAGUGGCCUGCAGUAGCCCAAAGUGUCCACAUAUAACCACACACGCAUACGCGGGUCUCCAGGAACAUGCAUGGUCAUGCAUAGCUUUUUCUUUCAUGUGUGUCAUGCGCAGCUGCAGGUGCAUCAUGUGUUCAUGCACCAGUAGCACUGAUAGCUUUUCUAAAAUGCAGUCUUACACAUCAGUAAUAUUAGCGGACAUCUUAGAUUAUCUUCUCUGUCACAUAAGCACUUUUGGCUUCCUUUCUUAGCUUGUUACCCACCAAAGCCUGAAAUCUCUGUGUUCGUCCUCAGAUGAUGCAGGUGCAAAGAUACUCGGGUGAUUGUGUGUUUAAUUUACGUAUGUGUGUGUGCGCGUGUGUCUGCAUGUGUGUUUUUCAAGUGUUAUUUUGUAUAUUGCUUCUUAAUAUACUUGUUCUAAAUAUCUAACAGGUGCUGUAAACCUAUUAUGCAAUUAAUACAACUCUAUUUUCUUAGCCUGCCCAGAGUGUAACAAACACUACCUUGAGAUAGAUAACCUUAUUGUUCUCAUAUUAUCAUGAUUUACAGAAGUGACAUUUCACUUUAGUAAAGUAACAAUUGUGGGUAUAGUAUUAAUGGUGUAGUAUAUAGAUUCUAGUGUAGAUAUAUAUACAUAUAUAUAUAUA